AUGAACUCGCUAUUGGGAUGGGUCGCUACUGCUGUUUCUACAGGAGCAGGAUCCUACGGAGAUUUAGUUAAAAAGAGAAUGAGUUUAGGUAUUACUGUUUGGGAUAGUGUUGCUAUCACUAACUUUUUUGGGUUCUUUUACUUAUUAUUCACAUGCAUACUAACUAAUUCAUUUCCGCUUUAAUACAAUUAUAAUAUGGUCGUUCAAAUACUUAUAACAUCGAUUUUCAAAAUAGUGUCCCAAGCAUGCUUUUAUAUGUCAGUCAAUCUUGCUCCGCUAUCAACAAGCAUUCCUUAUCUCUCUUGGAAUUCUUUAUUUUUGCUAGUAACAGGAUAUUUUUAUUUAGACGAAGUACCCAGUUAUUUGGGGGUGGUAGGAUGCAUUUUAAUUUUAAUAGGCGCAUACAUUAAGCAAAUUGAUAGCAAGACUAAAGAAUUAAAUAAAGAAAACUAUUAUAGAUUCAAUUUAUUAGGAAAAAACUUUAAAUUAAGUGGAGGAUUCUUCAUGAUUAUAGUUAGCUUGAUUUGGACUUAUACAACGACAAAGGAAAAACAUAUCAUGCUUCAUUUGAAUCUAACACCUUCGUUUUUACUGCUCGUUUAAAGAAUCUUUAUAAGUUUCCCUUUGAUGUUCAUGAGAUAUCUUCUAUCUAAAAAAUAAUUUACAGAGGCAUUUGUAUAGAACUUCAAGAGUUUUAGUUAUUUAUCAUUUAUUGAAAAUAUUUCUACAGGGCUUCACUUCAAAGCAAUGGAGCUUCUUUAUGUUAGUUAUGUGACUGCUGCAAAGAGAGCAGGAACUAUUAUUAUGAGCACAUUUUUAGGUUAUUAAUAUCUGCAAGAAAAACUAACUAAUAAAUGUCUGAUUUCUAACUUAGCGAUGGCUAUUGGCAUAGUAUUUAUAGUUUUAGGAAAAUGA